GCUCCCGCUCCCGCUCCGGCUCCGUGCGCCGCUCCCCGGGGGUGCCGGCCCAUGGCGGGGCGCUGAGCCCCCCCCCCCAGCACAGCCGGGGCCGAGCGGGGCCCCCCGCCCCCCCCCACCAUGCGCUGGGUGGGCCUGAUCCUGCUCUGCCUCCUGCGCGGGGCGCUGGGCGCAGGACACUCCCCUGGGAGCCCAGCAGCAAGCCAAGGGCGGCGGAGACCUCGGGAGACCUCGCCGGGGACCGAGGGGACCCGCAUCAGCCAGGACCUGGUGGGGGGCAGCCUGGCCAUCGACACGCUGCCGGCCAACGAGACGCGGAUCGUGGAGGACAACCACAGCUACUACGUGUCGCGGAUCUACGGGCCGGGGGACGCCCAUCUGAGGAGGCUGUGGGUUGACAUGGCAGCAGCCAACAGGAGCCAAGUGAAGAUCCAUGGGAUCCUCUCCAACACGCACCGUCAGGCCUCGAGAAUCGUCCUCUCCUUUGACUUCCCCUUCUACGGCCACCUCCUGCGGCAGGUCACGAUAGCGACGGGCGGUUUUAUCUUCAUGGGGGACGUCAUCCACCGGAUGCUCACGGCCACGCAGUACGUCGCUCCCCUCAUGGCCAACUUCAACCCCAGCUACUCCCGCAACUCCACCGUCCAGUACUUGGAUAACGGCACGGUUUUUGUGGUGCAGUGGGACAAGGUCUAUCUGCAGGGGAAGGAGGACAUGGGCAGCUUCACCUUCCAGGCGGCCCUGCACAGCACCGGCAGAAUCGUCUUUGGGUACAAGGAGAUCCCCGUGCCGGUCCUACAGAUCAGUGCCACCCAGCACCCUGUGAAAGCCGGCCUCUCCGACGCCUUCAUGAUCCUCAACCCAUCUCCCGAUGUGCCUGAGUCCCGCCGUCGGACCAUCUACGAGUACCAUCGCGUGGAGCUGGACACCAGCAAGAUCACCAACAUGUCAGCCGUGGAGUUCACCCCGCUGCCCACGUGUCUCCAGCACCAGAGCUGUGAAGUGUGCGUGUCCUCGGAGCUGACCUUCAACUGCAGCUGGUGCCACGUCCUGCAGAGAUGUUCCAGCGGCUUCGACCGAUACCGCGAGGAGUGGCUGUCCUACGGCUGUGCCCAGAAGUCCGAGGAGAAGACCUGCGAGGAUUUAGCUGAAGGCGACCACUAUUCGGCCCCUCCUGACAGCUCUUUCUCGCUGCUGGGUGGGAAUGUCACCACCUCCACGUCCUCGCUCUUCGUCGACAGCCUCACUACAGAAGACGAUACGAAGCUCAAUCAGUAUGCAGGGAGCGAAGGUCUGGGCAGCAGCCUUCCUGCCAAGAAAGCAGGCGCCCCCAUUCACACCGGUACCAUCGUGGGCAUCGUCCUGGCCGUGCUGCUCAUCGCCGCUAUCAUCCUCGCCGGGAUUUACAUCAACAGCCACCCCACCUCCAACGCUGCCCUCUUCUUCAUCGAGCGAAGGCCGCAUCACUGGCCUGCCAUGAAAUUCCGAAAUCACACCAACCACGCAACGUACUCGGAGGUGGAGCCGGCCAGCCAGGAGAAGGAGGGCUUCGUGGAAGCGGAACAGUGCUGAGCGCUUCUCCCCCCGCGUCUCGAACGUCCCGUGUCUCAAGUGUUGGAGUCUUCUGUUAUUCUAUUGCAAAGUCUUUCCCCUCUUGGAAAAGAAAGAGCAAGUAGAGGAAAAAGACCCAAUGGAGCGUUUGAAAAGAAUGAGUCGGGGCGAUGUGAGGCUGGGACUCGCCCGGAUUCCGCACAGGACAGCAGAGCCGGCAGCGGCAGCGGUCGGUUGUGACAUCGGACUCUCCCGGCAGCCCGGCACCGAAGCCCUGGAUGUGGCGGGAGGAAAAAGUGCAGUCAAAGUUUUGGUUUGGCGUGGGGUUUUUUUUUUGUUUUGUGGUUGGGUUUUUUCCCCCCGCUGUGAGUGGCUGACCUCUUCCCUCCUCCACCGGGAGGCCAAACGGGGGCAGCACAGUGGGGGCAAAUCUCGGGACGGGCGAAAUACGCAGUGGCCUCAGGCGGCAGGCUCUUGGGGACAGCAAAACGGUAGAUUUUUGCUGCACAUUGGCUCUGCCUGCACUCAGGAAAGUCGGGCUGGUUGCCUCUUCUCCUCUGCGGUGAGAGGCUGGGGGUAGGUGCUGGUGGUGGCCCAGGUAAGGUUGGCUCUCCAGGGCUCCCCUCCCCUCUCCCAUCCCCUCUCCCCCAGCCCUGUCCCUUUGUCCACUCUCUCCUUCACCGCCUUUUGGGAUGGGCAACAUUUAAUUUUGUCUUCGUGGCCAAGAAGCCUCAUGCCCUUGUCUUUUCAUCCUGCAGUUGGUCUUCCACCACCCACGGCUUCAGCCCCCUGCCCUCCCCUCCCUUCGAAGCAGCAGCUUCCACCCCCUGCUCCGGAGAAAGGGAAACCUGACCUAUUUUAAGGGAAAAACCCUGCGGAGGAUUCACCUUCAAGAUGUUUGUGAGCCAACGGCUCUGAUGCCCUUUUUGGCACCUAAUUACUUUGCUAAAUUACAAACUAUGACCCUUACCCCAAAGGAGACAGUUUAAAAAAAAUAUCUUAGAUUCCUUCAAAAUACAUUCUUGUGGCGUGGCCACUAAUCCAGCAGGAAGAGAGGAGGUUUUGAUGGAAGAGGAUGGGGACAGAGCACUAGCGAAAGCAGUGUCCUCCCACGGGCUAAAUCCUGAAGUAAAUCCCAGCUUAUUCACGGGCAUUUCACAUAAAUAAGAAACAAAGGCAUACCUGCCUUGAUACCAUUGAAAAAUCUAAAAAAUCACCUUGUUCACGUCAUCGUUUUUAGAGCCCACUCAAGUCAGUGGAAUUUUUUCUAUUUUUUUAAUGUUACGAUGUCCGUGAUAAGCCCCUGGUCUGGAUUUGCACGUAUAUCGUGAUUCCAGAAUCUGACCCUAACUAAGGGCUUCGACACUAGACCUCUCAGGGUUUUCUACUCCUUCUGUGCAGUCAGAAUUCAAGACUGACCUGCAGAAAUACUCUACCCCGCUGCCACAGACACCAGCCGCGGGAUGGGGCCCUAAACGGAGGAAAGCUUGUAUAUUUAAAAAAAAAACCAAAAAGAGAGAGUCCAAAGUCCAGCGUAAGGUACAGUUUUAUUUCCCCCACCAAAAAAGGUGUUGGUUGCAUGGGGCUUUUUUUUUUCCCCUUUUUUCCUUUUUUAAUUUUCUCUCGAUCCUCAGUUAUUUAUUCUGAUAAUCAUGUUUCGUGCAUAUUUUAUCCACUGGCUGGUUCAGCUGUCACUGGUGGUGAUUACUGCCAAAGGCAGGGUCUGUCUAAUUAAUGUUUUCCUUCUCAUCUGCUGAAUUUAUAUAGCCAUUAAAGAUAAAUAUGGAUGCUUUGUGGCAUUUAGACCCCAGAUUAUACUUUCUCAUACAUAGCCACUAGGGAGACUUUUGCUGCAUCUUAUUAUGGCAUCAAGGCACCAAAACGCUCAAGCAGGGGAAGUCAGACUGCGUCGUGCCAGGUUCUUACAGCCCAGACGGUCUCUCUUUAGACAUGUUUUGAAGAUAAACUUUAUUCCCAAAUAAAGCUUUCAACUGGAAGGUUGUUUUUCCCCCCCAUUUCCCUGAAGUAGAAAGAAUUCAAAGGGAUGCUGUCAGCUAGUUUUUGCCCAGGAUCUGAUCCCCUUUGAAAUGGUUAUGAGCUGGUAAGGAAUUUUCUCUAGAUCUAACUCUUUUCAAAUAAUGGCCUUGUUUUUACUGUUUUUCUGAACAUCCAUAUACAAUAACAGCAAGAUUUCGGGUACUCCUUUUCCCCUACAGCCCCUAGAACUGCUAGGUGAGAUCCAACAAUUCUGAAAUGCUGCAAAUUUCAAAGAAAACAGACUUUAAAUAGCGCUUGAGCUGUAUAAAUCCCUGCUGCAUUACCGCAGCCAGGAUCUUAGAAGGAUUCAGAAGAGGAUGGGAUACUCGGGUGGAGAAAAACAACAUCCACGUGCCGUAGCACAGAAGCGGUUGGGGUACAUAAAAUACCUGUAUUUCAGGGGAGAGGCCAAGCUCUGAGUGCCUGGAGUAAAAAAGGCUUUUUUUUUUUUCCUUUAAGGAAAGAAACAAAACAAAGCAGGCUAUUCUGUAGCUGUGCAACAGACGUUUGGUCUGCCUUCUGCUGAGGAAUAUGGUUUGGGCACUGUCAGGUAGAGCGUGAACAGCUCCAAUUCAUCAUCUCCGAGACACUGCGGUAGAGUAGGUGGAGAAGUGACUGCCCAUAGUCAUGUGCGCGCUCUGAGCUGAAGGUUUGGGUUCCACCAGCAUCUCCCACGGCCCAGCCUGGAGAAGAAGGUGCUUAGAUGCCGUGUCUCGAGGUGGAGAGAAAAAAAAAAAGUAUUCUGUCCUACCUUUCGACAUGAGGGAGGUUUAGCGCUGGACUCUUGACAUUCACAUCUGGGAAGUUCAUGAGUCAGCAGGGAGCAACCUCUUCUGAAUAUUCUUUGCACAUGGCUUUGUAGUGGAAGAGAAGAGGUUGUCUGUUAAAUUCCAGAAAGCCCAAGGGUAAUGUUGCUGAUGCCUAGAAGAAAGAAAAAUGUCUGUACCAUCAGCAAGUGCUGUUUUAAUGUUGAAGAGAACUGGAGAGUCUGGGCUCAAGUGUAAUGCUGGCUGCACCAAGUCAAUCGCAGCGGGAUCGAUACUCCUUUCUCGUGUAACUCUGACUUCAAGAUGCCGGUUAAUCUUGUUAAGUCUCGAGUGCCGAUGCAAGAACGUGAUGGUGGCGACUGAAAUAAAGAGAGUUUGAUUUUUGCUUGUAAUCACGUGGCUUCCCUAGCCACAUCCUGAGGCUUUCCUCUGGGUUCUGAUGAACCCGGCAUUCGGGCUCGCUUCAAAGCAGACUGCAUAACGCACGUGUAUAUCCACCUGUAUAUUUUAUAGCUAUAAAAGGGGCUGGGGCUGUUACUUGUGCUCAGUCCCUUGCUCAGCUGGUCAAAAGAGGGUGCGAAACACAAACAACGGCUAACGGCUCCUCGGUUGUCUUUCCAAGCAGCGUGCCCUGGCCGUUGGUGGCCGCUGCUGAGCGUGUGGCGCGGGCGUUAAGGCAGCUGCCCGUCAUCGGGCAGAAAACGUCACCACGAACCUGCUCCUUGGCCACUCGUCCGCGUUCAGCAGUUGGGAAAACACCGCGCAGGGUUUAUCAGAGACCAACGCCAGGUUGGUUCUCCUCCUGCGGCAGUUGGGGGGUAAACCCCCCUGUUUUCAACACCAAUGGGAGCAGGACCCAGAUUAUAAAAAAUAUUCUCGUAAUAACUAACGGCCUACUUUCCACAUACUUGAAUUUACAGCACAGUUGGACUAUUUUGGGGGACUAAAGGCACUUUAACUGUCUUUUAAUGCAAUGUAUUUACUAUGGAUUAUCUGCAUGGAAUACAGUCUUAAUAUUUAAAAAAAAUCUUCCUUUUGGACUGCUUUGUUUUCAAAAUAAAACAUGCAAAGGAUUAUUGGUCAUUUUA